AUGCAGAUUGUUACGGUAACGGCGGUAUGUCUAAUCUCGCUGGCGAUUCGAUCCGUUUCGGGACACACGAUCAAUCAAAACAACAAUCGAGCGGAAGACUACGAUCGGGACGACUGGAAGGAACCGAGGGCUCUGAAAACGGAGUCGGUGUUAAUGGGCAUUGCCAAGUCGUUGAUCGGCGGAAAAAUCGGAUCCACCGGCGGCGGACAAGUAUAUAAUAUGCCAGACACGGUUUUACGUAUUUUUAUAAAAUUUGUCGCAGGCACGCGGGGGGAAACGGAAAUUCGGAGUUAUAUUUUUUCGUUUUGAAAAAUAAAUCGAACGCAACGUAUAUAUUAUUAUAUUAUAUUGUACAUUUAGAACCACUACUGUGUAGAGCCGGACGUAAACAGGAGGUCCAUCCGGGGUUUCUGCAAAUUGUCUUCUCUCACCACUCUGUCCAGUCCCUGUAAGUUUUUCAAGAUGGCCAACGGAUUUUGCGAUCUUCCCGACAUAUUGGCUAGUAUUCCUUUUAUAUCUAAAACAAAACGCCCCUUCCCCGCCGCCCUCCCGCUACGUCUGUCGUCGACUCUUUCCGACCAUAUACUAUCUAUCUGAUAUUUGGUUAUCAUAAUAAACACCGAUCGACCGGAAUAAAAAUCCCCAAGAAAAUUAAAUCUCCUCGGGAUAAACAUUUUGUGUUUUUCGGUUCUGGUUCCGUUGUUAGUUAUUCGAUUCGUUUUUGUUUUCUUAAGGGCUUUAAAAAAUGCCGGUUAUUACAUAUUACCUUCACUAGUUCGAAAAAAUCAAAAAAAUACAAUUUUUCGGUCGGCCACUGCUCUAAAGUUGGCCACUGCUGUAAAUGGAAAAAUAUAGGAUACAUGCACAGGUUGUUUAGGGUAAUUUAUUUUAUAUUCUUUAUGGAACGAAAAAUCAUUGCAGACGAAAAACGAUUCUGAGUAUAACUACAAACAAAAUUAUGCCAUACUGUUCGUAGUUUUUAAUAGAUUUUCGAAUCUAUUUUUAUCAAUAAUACCAAAGUGUUUAUUUAUUGUUAUUGUUUGGUUAUAGUUUCAGAGAUUUUGUUUCUGGGAGAUUUUUAUUCCAGGGUUCCACGCGUAUUAUAUUAUAUUCCGUCUACCCGAAUUCGUCUUUAUACGGUCGUCUAGAACAGUGGUUUUCAACCUGGGGGUUGCGAGUGACAGUUAUUAGGGAACCAAAAAAUCACAAGUAUCAUAUGGACAUCGUAUUAUUCAAGUUCUAUGAAACGAUUUUUGAAGGGGUCGCAAAAUUAAAAGGUCGAAAACCACUGCAGGUCUGGAAUGACCCGCGAUCGCUGCGGUCGUCCGCGGUUGCCGUAUGUUAUUACGUUACCGUUUUGUGUUACGUUUAGUCGCUCAGUCUGAACAUGUCGAACAUAGUGCUGAUGCUGGUGCUCCGGGGUUUGAUAUGGGGCGUGUCGUACAUGCAGGGCGACGGCGGUAAAGAAGCGCGUAACGAAGACGCGACGUCGGCCGGAGGACUGCUGGACGACGCGAUCACCGAGACCGACGUCAUGUUGUUCCUCGGGUAUCUGGUGGCCGACGAGUCGGGUCACUCGGGCUGCUUGAACCGCGUGGCGUGCGAACAGCCGGACCGGGCGGACGGCUAUUUCAGGGCGGCCGAAACGGUCUGGCGAACCGCGAAAAUGUUCGACGGGUAAGCUAUAAUAAACUCAACGUUGCGUUUUAUCUGGAUGGGUAUUAUUUUUUUUUUUUUACAUCCUAAACGAAAAACAAGAUAUCUGACCGGUUAUUAUCGAGCGAAACAAUCGAACCGUCUAGAUCGGAUGUUCUCAAACUUUUUUUUUUCGCGUAGGCUCUACUCGUGUGGACGGAUCUUUAUCGUGCCGCUUAUGAUUAAAAAUUGAAAUUUUUCAAAAAUUUGGCAAGAGACAGCGUAAUGCUACACUGUAAUUAUUAUUUACAAAUUAUUUUUAAAUUUUUAAACAAAAUUUUAUGUAACAUUAGAUUCGUUGAAAAUUGCAUUUUUAUCGUUAUUUUUUUUAAUUUAUUAUUUUUCCCACUAACACCGCGCAAAAAUCCGCGCGGUGUUUCGCAGAAAAAUUGCAGGUCAAACCCUCACCCAAAUUUCGGCCUUGUUCAAGGCACUCUAUAGUAUCAAAUAAACGUGCACGCUUACGAAAUAUUUUCGCGCCGAAACGCAAAAACAAUCGACGAAAAAUAUUUUCAUUUUUUCCGGUUAAAAAUUGUUUACUGAUUUUGUCCAUUACUUAUUCUAAAACUAUAUAGUGCUGAAAUUAUCAAAAAUGUAUACUAUGCCAGAUUUAAUAGACAUCUAUGGUUCAUGAGUGACGUGUGAUUGAUGUAUUUUAAUAAUAUUAACUCAUUAAACUAAAUUAAUAUUAGUUGAUUAUCUUACACAUUGUUAUUUCUAAUAAAUGCAUAAAUUACGAUUUACCAGUACACGGUUGUACUAUCUCGAUGCAUUUGUCUAAACGGUUCUAUUAUUGAACAUGGAUAACGGCUCAGAUAGCUUUGACAGACCAACAGACUAACGGAUUUCUGGACGUCUAACCUAACCUGACUGAUUGCGAGUAAUAUUAUUUCGAUCGACAUUUUUAGUGCGGUACCGUUGGACGCGAAGUACGAGACGAUUUUGGCCGGUUUACACGAGGCUAUCGAGGACGGCAGGGCGGUCGGCGGAGACUGUCGGUCCAAAUACAAAUGUUUCGGAUCGCAUACGAGCGAUGACGCCGAUCGUUUUAAUCUCACUUGAAAAUAGCGUGAUACCUAACCGAUAGUGUUAUGUUUUUAUUGUACUUUGUUUCGUUCUCUGUGAAAUAGUACAAAAUAUAAUCUAACAUCCUGAU